AUGAGUCUAGUUUAUGAAUUUAUGUUCCUUUUAUUUUCACACCUUGUACUGCGUCUUGUGUUGGCGGGUGGAUAUGAGGAUAAAUACGGAGAUUGUCCAACUUCAUUUAGUUGUGGAUAUCUUGGCAAUAUCAGCUUCCCUUUUACUACAACACAACGCCAGGACUGUGGCUUAUUGCCAAUACAAUAUUGUGAUGAUGUUUCAAUGAAGCCCAAAAUGAUCCAACUUCAGAAUAAAAGGAAACAGUUUGAGUUUGACGUAGAAUUUGUAAGUCCAACAGAGUAUCACGGAGGUCAUGCUACUUCUGAUUGUGUUUUUAGAGACAAUAGUCUGCGCAAACUGCUGAAAAACCAACGUUGUGAAGCGUUCAGAUAUAAUUACACUCUUCCUCUCACUCCUCACUUUGCUUUUUAUUUGGAAACUUACACAAGCUUGUUCAUGUGCAACCGUACCCUCCGUUUCAACCCUCCGACAUAUAUUCAUAACUAUACAAAGUGCCCUCACUAUAAUUUCUACUACCAGCCUCACAUCUAUACUGAUAAAGAGUCUUGGAGUGCUUUUACAGCUUGUGCAAAUGUCAAACUUCCUAUUAAAGACAUCCCUGACUCUGACGAUCCUUUUACUUUUAUAACUGCUGAUAUCCCAACUAAAGUAAGCGUAACAGAGGAAUGUGCAUAUUGUCACUACAACCAAAGAGGACGGUGUCAACUUGACAGCAAUGGAAGUUUUUUUUGUGCCAAUGCGGUUGCAAAGCGAAAAAGGCUGAGGCGGAAUCUUAAACUGGGUAUAGGUUUGGGUAUUGGAAUCCUGGGCAUCUUGUUUAUCGGAGAAAUUGGUAGUAAACACUUUGGAGUUCCAUUAUUCUCCUACGACGAGCUUAGAAAAGCAACAAACAAUUUCGACCAUACUAAGGAACUCGGAGAUGGAGGUUUUGGUACUGUCUACUUUGGAAAACUUCCCGAUGGACGUGAAGUAGCUGUCAAACGUUUAUACGAACACAACUAUAGAAGAGUAGAACAGUUUAUGAAUGAAGUUAAUAUCCUGACAACUUUACGCCAUAAAAAUCUCGUGUCCCUCUAUGGCUGCACAUCGCGGCACAGCCGUGAACUACUGCUUGUGUACGAAUAUAUCUCAAAUGGCACCAUUGCAAGUCAUCUCCAUGGUGAAUUGGCCGAGUCCAACUUACUACCGUGGUCUAUACGAAUAAAAAUUGCCAUAGAGACUGCUACUGCCUUGACUUAUCUCCAUGCUUCUGGUAUCAUCCACCGUGAUGUGAAAACCAGUAACAUACUCCUUGACGACAAUUUUCGUGUUAAAGUUGCAGAUUUUGGCCUUUCAAGAUUAUUCCCUGAGGAUGCCACUCAUGUCUCCACAGCUCCGCAAGGGACACCAGGUUACCUUGACCCCGAGUAUCACCAAUUUUAUCAGCUUACUAGCAAGAGUGAUGUAUAUAGUUUUGGAGUUGUUUUGAUUGAGCUAAUAUCAUCUAAGCCUGCCGUUGAUAUAAACAGAAGUAGGGAAGAGAUUAACUUGUCAACUCUAGCAACAAAGAAGAUUCAAGAAAGUGCAAUUGAUGAGCUGGUAGAUCCUAGUCUUGGUUUUCGUUCAGACAAUGAGGUUAAUAGCAUGAUAGUUUCAGUGGCAGAAUUGGCAUUUCAAUGUUUGCAAAGGGACAAGGAGUUGAGACCUUCUAUGGAAGAAGUGUUAGAUGAACUUAGGAGAAUAGAGAGUGGGAGGGAUGUGGUUGAGGUUGUAGACGAAGCAGAUGUUGAUGCUGUUGGUGGUGGAUCUUCACACAGUAAUGUAAAUCCGCCACCAGCCUCACCUGAAUGGGAUGAAGUUGGUUUAUUGAGGAAUGUGAAAAAUAUGAAGCAUCCGUCUUCACCAAACACCGUCACUGAUAAAUGGGAAAGUAUUAGUACUACACCUAAUGCCAGUGCUUAA